AGGAGAGAGUGCUGGUGCACGAGAGGUCCUCUUAUCUUGGUUCUCUGAGAGCAAUAAGAGCAUAUCAGGCGUUUCUCACUGCCACUUGUUCAUUGUCUAAAGCUGCUCAUAAAAAAACCUCCAGAUGCCUCUGGAUGUUUGGGAUAACAUUCUCUCAGAUGCCAUUCAAGAGGCUGUUUGGCACGUGCCCCGCCCCCUCCCAAUCCAUUUUCCCCAUCAUUUUGGAGAAAUUCUGUUGCUUAAACAAUACACAAGCUUUUUUGAACAAUGAGUUCUUACAACGUAUCACUCGCUGGACCUUCGCCUUGGGGCUUCCGGUUGCAAGGAGGCAAGGACUUCAACAUGCCCCUCACCGUUUCUAGGAUUACACCAGGGAGCAAGGCAGCCUCCAGCAACCUGAAUCAGGGUGAUAUCAUCGUGGCCAUUGAUGGGGUCAGCACAGAGGGGAUGACACACCUGGAGGCCCAAAACAAGAUCAAGUCUGCCAACUUCAAUCUGGCCCUCACCAUGCAAAAGUCUAAGCGACCCACCCCUGUUCACAUGACAACACCAAGGAUUGACUCCCCUAUGACUGUGAUACCCCAUCAGAAGGAUCAGCCUGUGCAAAUGAAUGGGGGUCUCUCAGGUUCUGCUAAAACAAACUCCAGCUACUCAAGCAAACACACAAACCAGUUGGUGUAUAGCGCGGUGGUCAGCAGUAGCGGAGAUGCUUUUUUCCCUGCUCAAAGACAUUUAGCUGCUCCGAGGGAAAAAUCUACCUCUGGACAAAAAAAACAGCAGUAUAACUCCCCCAUUGGUCUGUACUCUGCCGAGACAUUGCAAGAGAUGGCCAUGCUGCAGGAAAGGGCUAAGAGCUCGGGGUCAGGCAAGCCUAGUGGUAAUCUGCCAGUUAAAGACCAUGUUAUAGACAGUGCUUCCCCAGUGUAUCAGGCCGUCAUUCCCAGUGAAACCAAUGAACUGGGGCCCUCUGAUUGGACUAAAAGAGCCGCCCAGCUGCAGUCCAAGUCCUUCCGCAUCCUCGCCCACAUUACUGGAACUGAAUACAUGCAAGACCCUGAUGAGGAAGCUCUGAGAAAAUCAAGUACUCCUGCUGAGCAUGCUCCAGUUUCCACCAGCAUUGCAUCUGUAUGUGCACCUAUUAUCGCUGCUUCGCCCAAUGAGCUCCUUUCGGAGCCACAGAUAGUCAAUCAGGCACCUGAGCCUGAUGCGGAGCAGAUUCCUGAGCAAACCACUGUAAGCAGCUUCAACUUGCAGACCUCUAUGGGUUACACUUCUCAGUACAAAACCUCCAUCUCCAGUCCUUACGGCCAGCCUCCACCUAUGCAGCAGCAUCCACCCAUGCAGCAGCAUCCACCCAUGCAGCAGCCACCACCCAUGCAGCACAGCUCCAUCCAGAUCCCUGUAGGUCCACCUCCACCUAAAGUGGUCAGCACUGCCACCAUUAUGCCCACAGCCUAUCCAGCCGGCCCAGCACCAGCUCCUCCAAUGGUUUACAAACCUGCUCCACCUCCACCUGCUCCUGUCGCAGCUCCAGCGUCUUCCAACAGGCCUCCUUGGGUUACUGAUGAGAACUUUGCCCAGAAAUUUGACCCUAGCAAACCCACCACCACCACACAUAUCAAAGUGCAGCCUCUUCCUCAGGCGGCACCACCACCACCAGCCUACAUCCCCAACCCAGUCCCUGCUCCUGCUCCUGUUGCACCCAGCCCUGCAUUCAACCCUUCCCCUGCUCCGUUCAGCCCCGCUCCCUUCCCACCUGUGGCUCGUGGAGUUGCUCAAAGGGCAGAGCGGUUUGCAGCCAGCAACAGAACACCUCUGUGUGGAUCCUGCAACAACAUCAUCAGGGGACCAUUCCUGGUGGCAUUGGGUCGUUCCUGGCAUCCAGAGGAGUUCAACUGCCAUUAUUGCCACACGUCUCUGGCUGAUGUCAGCUUUGUGGAGGAGCAGAAUAAUGUUUACUGUGAGAACUGCUACGGAGAGUUCUUUGCACCUACCUGUGCCCGCUGCAACACCAAGAUCAUGGGAGAAGUGAUGCAUGCACUGCGGCAGACCUGGCACACCACUUGCUUUGUGUGUGCGGCUUGUGGAAAGCCCUUUGGAAACAGCCUCUUCCAUAUGGAGGAUGGUGAGCCAUAUUGUGAGAAAGAUUAUAUCGCACUCUUCAGCACAAAGUGCCAUGGAUGUGACUUUCCAGUUGAGGCAGGAGACAAAUUUAUUGAAGCUCUUGGCCACACAUGGCAUGAUACCUGCUUUGUUUGUGCGGUGUGCCAUGUGAACCUGGAAGGACAACCUUUCUACUCCAAGAAGGACAAGCCCUUAUGCAAGAAGCAUGCACAUGCCAUCAAUGUGUAGAUGCUUCAACAGUGCAUCAAAAGCUGUCAGUGAAGGAACUAAAUGCAAUUAAUGUAACAUCUGCAUGACAUUGGUGCCAAUCCAAAUGACACAAAAACUAAUAAAAAGACAUACAGUAUUUCAUUUAUUAAACAGCAUAUUAGUAAACGAUGACUGAAUGAUACAUAAACUAGGUGCUUUGACAUUUUUUAAUCCAAAUCCAAUGUGCGCAUAAAGUAUAGGUUAUUUUAGGUCAUUCUUUUAUUAUAUCCCGAAUACAUUUGCAUGCAUGCACUUGUAUGCCUGAUAAAUAUUAAUUUAAGAGAUACAACUUUUUUUUUUUUUUUUUUUGAUUUAGUGAAUUUAUACAACAUACAAUUUUUAUGCUAUUAGUGACUAAAACCUUUUUUUUUAAAUGAAUAGGUUAUACACGGAUGUUGAAGAUUGCCUGCAUAUGUAGUUCCUCGUGACCAGACAUAGUCUUUCAUUUCACACAUCAUUUACAAACCAGAAACAGCCUGAAAAAAAGUCUAUGCAUUUUAUUAUGCCUUAAAUUCUAAAGUAAACUUAAAUGUUUUUAUUGCAUUUGUUUUCAUAAACAAUAAUGAGGCCUAUAGAUCCCUGACUUGCAAAUCGAUCACAAAAAGAUGUUAAAUAGAUUGAGACCGAAUGUUUUUGUGCAGUCUUUUUAAUGCUGAAUGGGUGAUACAGUCAAACCAAAAUGUAUUCAGACACCUUGAACAUUUCAUUCAUUAUUAUUAUUCACUAUAGUUUAAAAAAAAUGGUAAUCUAAUAUGACAAGAUCUCAGAGUUAAAGAGUGUCAGAAAAAAUUAAUCUUAAUUAUGUCAGAUAACACUUAAGCAAAACAUGGUCAGGUCAAAGGGUCUGAAUAAUUUUUGGUUCCGAAUUUUUAUCAAUUUUACUGGUAGUCCACUGUAUGAAGAAUUUUUGGGUAUAAUAUGUCACAGUUUACUUUAUUUUGCUAUCCUCACUUACAUAAAUGAACUAUAGUGUCCUGCACCCACUAGUAAAAAUAUGUCAAAAAUGUCUGAAUAAUUUUUGGUUUGACUGUAUAUGUUACUAAUUUUGUUUAUUUGUGUUUUUAGUGUGUUUGAAAGCUUGCAAGGGAGUUAAUUGAUCCAUUUCUGAUGUCAACAUUAGCAUUAAGUUGUCAAUGGUUUCAUCAAACUAUUUUAAGAAAACACCAUACGCAGGGCAUCUGAAAAGCUAACAGUAUGUGCUGUAUAAUGUCCAGCUGUCAAGGCUUAACAGAGUAUUUUAAACUGUUCAUGUUUGGCCUUGUCACCUAUGAUAGUUCAUUUUUCUGUUAUUUAUUGCGUGUUAAACCUCAACAUUUACAUACUCUUUGCAAAUGGUGUACUCUACUGAUUUUGCAUAGAUAAUUUACUUGUUUUCUUUGCCAAGAGUGCGGGAUUGUUAAUUUAAUUUAAUAAAUAAUUUAAUUUUUAAGACAGAGCCACAUACACAGAGGAUUCAAGUUGUAUUCUUAAUUUGUUCCUUAAAAUGAAUAAUGAAUGUAGUUCCUGAGACUUUAUUCUUUUUAUUCUCUGUGGGUAGAUGCUACCAAACUCUGACAUGCAACUGUAGGGUUACAGUAAAGGUUUUGUUUCGUGCCACAUGACUAUUAAAGAACAAGGUCAAAUUCUGAGAUUGCAAUUGCAGACAGUUGUGUUUUCCUAAAGGCUGUGUGAUAUUGAAAAUUUGUAUGCAUACAAUUCACUUGAACAAGAUGGCUUUUAUUUAGACACAUUUUAGGAUUGUGUCAUUGACGUGUCAGUAUAUUUUCACUGCCAUAUAUUAAUCUUUAAAAGUUAAUCUAACCCACCACAUCAGUUAAGAUGUAUUCUUAGGGCUACUUUUGAUUUUGGCUUGUUUUUUUGUUUUGAAUAUUACUAACACAAACAAUGGUUUUGCAUGUCAUAAUUGCCUCUCUUAAAUUUAAUAAAUUGUUAGCUUUUUUACACAACAUUAGUAAGUUAUUUAAAAUUACAUUUGUAGCAGUGUUGGGUUCAGGAGUGAGUAUCUUUUUAGCUUUUUUCAAGAACAGAUGUAAUUUAACGCUAUUGAAUGUAGUCAUAUUACACAUAUGAGGUGUAAUAUGUAGUCAUAUUACAGUCAUAUUACACAUAAUGUAUUAUCACUAUUUGUCAUCUGCUAUAUCUGCAGUUCACUUGGGAAUUACAAGAAGACAAAACAGUGAUCCAUAAUUUCAUAAAUUUGCAGUGAUAAUGCAAUAAGGAAAACAAUUAAGAACCAUACAGUAUGUUUUACAUGACACCCAUGUGUUAACAAGUGCCUUUUAUGCAGUUUUCUUCUGUUGAAUAAUACAAAGUUUGUAUGAGAGUUCAAACUGAGAUAUGGCUCUACGGAAUACUGAAAAUUUACUUUAUGUAGUAUCUUAAAUAUGAGCUGUAUGUUUUUUCAAGAUAGAUUGAUAAACUAACUUGUACUACUAAUGGUGUUGUCUUUUUUGUAUUAUGAAAUUAUGUUGUGAAAACAGCCUUACUUUGUACUUAUUCAAUACAUUACUUAAAUGUCCAAAAAAAAAAUCCACCUGUAUAUUCACUGAUAUGUUAAACAUGACUAAUACAAAUAUUAAGUUGCUUUAUAAACUAAAAAUAGCUCAUAAAACAUCAAAUUUUAUGGGCACUGUUUUCUAUGUAUGAUUAAAUAUAAAACUGUACUGCAGACUGGACAGCCUAAUUGACAUUACUAAAUGACAUUUGUAAUAUUUAAAUCUCAUUGUUUUAUUUAAAUCUAAAUCAUAAUCAUCCUGUUUAACUUGAAACACUAUCAAAUAAAAUUAUGUUUAAAACUGUC